UCACCCUCGACUGGUUCUUCAAACCGAGCAGAGACGCUCCGACUCAGCAGCGAUGGCACCCACUGUCGUUGGACAAGCAGCCAAGAACCACCUGACUCCAGCCCAUAAGCUGAGAAAGCCAAUGGUUGAGAAAUUGCGCAGAGACCGCAUCAACACCAGCAUCGAGCAGCUGAAAUCCCUCCUGGGACCUGAGUUCCUCAGACAGCAGCCGGACUCCAAGCAGGAGAAGGCAGACAUCUUGGAGAUGGCCGUGACCUAUCUGAGAUGUUGGCAGCAGCAGAAGCAGCAGAGCACCCCGACCUCUGGCCUCAUGACGGCCACUGAUGGUUACUCCCACUGCAUCCAGGAGGCUGUCAGCUUCCUGUCCCGCUGCGAGGUCCAGUCUCAGGCACACAGGCUGCUCCGCAACCACUUCCAGGGUCUGCAGGAGUCCAGCAGGACCUGUCUCAGCCCCUGCAGCCCGUCUCCUCCUAGUUCUCCUCUCCAUCAGGUCAUCUCCAGAAAGGGUUUGUGUCCGAGCAGCAGUGCUCUGUGGAGGCCCUGGUAGGAAGAAGGAACUUUCAUCCAGACAGAACUACGUCUGUGGACGCCAUGGACAGAAAGUCAAAGGCUCAAUGGAGUCCAUUUCCUUUUGUCUCAAUACAAGUGUUGAACUGUUUGAGAAACUUCCUGAGGAAGGACUGAGAAUAUUCAGGUUUUACUGAAAACUUACACCAUGUGUAAAAAUACUUCACACAUUUGUUUGUUCACCGUGUGAUUUUGUGAACUUCUCCUGUGGAGAAAACAAAUCCCAACUUUUUUAUUUUCUAUGCAAAGAUCAGUAAAUUAUAUUGACCACAUUGGUUUUAAAUGAUGUUUAUUAUUUUGUUUUCUCAUAUGUUUUAUCAUCUUGCUGGUGAUGAAUCAAAAACAAG